UUCUUUUCCCCAGUGCUAGCAGGGCUACACUACCAGAAAUACCAGCACCAUGCGGACCCUCCUGGCUUUGCUUGUCCUGGCCUCCUUGGCUAUUCAGAGCGAGGGCUUGAAAUGCCACACCUGCGUGUCAGCCAAUGAGGAUGAAUGCAAUCGACAAGGAUCGCAGAGCUGCCCCCAGUUCGCAGACGCCUGCUCCACCAUCACUGGAACAAACACAGUCAUGAAGUCCUGUACUUACAAGGCCUUCUGUGACAAAGCCCACCACAGCAACUCUGGCAUGAAGAUGGACUGCUGCUUCACAGAAGACUGCAAUGGACCCCACAAAGGAAAGAGUGCCAGUCAUAACGCUGGGGCUGCCCUUCUCUACAACCCCACUUUAAUGUUCGGAGCUUUGCUCACCAAGCUGGCAUUCAGCAGACUCUAAAAAGCAAAACCAACCCAACCCUAAAGCUAGUCCCUCCCACCUUCCUCAUGCAGGGGUGUAUUGAUUUGCUGUAGGCACAAAAUGCACCGUCUUGAAAAGCAGUGACAGGACCUUUUCCUGUUGUCAGAUGCAGUAACCGUAAUUCUAUGUGCAGCGGUUAAGAAGCCAGGACUUUAGAGCACACUGGCUUCUUUUUAUUAAAGCUAUCAAACUAAAUUUCAUAAAAUUUUAAAUGCAUCCUCUUGUCAGUCAUAUAUUACCAUGUUUUUUUUUCAUAACCCAGCAUGAGAGCAUAGAAAAGGUUACUUUCAGAUUUACUACAUUGUUAUUAGCUUUUAGUAACUAUUGCUUUAACCAAACCCUGUUGUCUCUGCUAUGUUGUAUGCUUAUACAUUUGCUCAGUGACAACUUCUUUUAAACGCUGUAACAUUAAAGAAAUCUGUAGUGAUUUUAAUUGUAGAAAGAAUUAGUGUGGAAGUAUCACUUAAGUCAGAAAUGGCUUAGCCCUUCUAACCCUGAGGAACUCCUGUAAACAAUGACAUACUUCAUAGUAUCCAAAACGCUCCUAGUGUUUAAAAUCAAUGGCUCAAGAAAUCUCACACUCUCUACAGUAUCUGAAAAUCUGAUUGGGGGAGUUAAGAAAACGUGUCAUGUUGUUACGAUACAAAUAUUGCUCAUGCAAAAUAAACACAGGGUGAGAAGAACUAUACAGACACAUUGUACAGCAAGUAGUGUAUUCUGCAGAUAUUGCAAAAAUGGUUUUGCAAUUAGACUCACGAAAUAGUCUGUGAACAUUGCAGAAAGUUAGUGUUACACAGAAGUGAAAGGAAAAGCUGCCACCAAAAAAAAAAAGAGAUACCACACCACUGUAGGUAAAAAAAAAGAAUUAAAUAAAUACAAUUCUAUAAAACAGAA